AUGAAUUUGUUGCUUAAGCAAUGUAAUGGCGCCUUCAUUGAGCGCAUAUCGGUUUCCGAAGAUGCAACCGUUAAGGAUUUGAAGCAGUUGUUCUACGAAAAAUUUCACUUCUAUCCGCAAAGGCAGCAGUGGAACCUUGGUUCAGCUGAUGGACCGCGGAUUGUUGAAGGUACGCUGAAGCAGUGCGGCGUCCUUGAGGACUCAUCGCUAUAUUUCAAGGAUCUAGGUGUGCAGAUCUCCUGGAGAUUGGUCUUCUUCUUGGAGUACAUCGGGCCGUUGAUGAUAUUGCCCGUGCUCUACCACUUCCCUUGGAUAUUCUACGGCUCGCACGUCGCCCCUAAGAGCAAUGUACAAUUCUGGACGUACUGCAUGCUAAUGUUCCACUUUAUGAAGCGCGAAGUCGAGUCCAUCUUCGUGCACCGGUUUUCCAAGACCACCAUGCCCAUUAUCAACCUUUUCACAAAUUGUUUCCACUACUGGGUUUUGUGCGCUUGUGGCAUCGGCUACUACGUCUUCCACCCGAGAUACACUGAGAUCAGGUUGUUUUGCAGGCACGAAAAGGUGUUGCUGGUGUUGAUGUUCUUCUUCUUCCAGUUCAUGACCUUCAUGACGCACAUCACUCUGCGCAACUUGAGGCCUAAAGCAACCAAAGUGAGGGGCAUCCCGCAGAACUGGGGUUUCCAGUAUGUCAGCUGUGCCAACUAUUUCUGGGAACUGCUCAUAUGGGUCGUUGUGGCUCUAUUCACAAACACGGUGCCCGCGUACUUCUUCACCUUCGCUGUGGCGACUAUUCUGUGCAACUGGGCCAAGAAGAAGCACCAAAGGUAUAUUAAGGAAUUCCCCCAUUACGACAAGACCAAGAAAGCCAUCAUCCCCUUUGUUUACUGA